AAACCCAAAAAGAACAAUUAUUAUAUUAUGUAGCAAGGAAAACUGUUCCAAUGGAUGUCAAAAUGCGUCAAAUUGGUUUGGCUCAAGGUUUAAUUAACUUUACAAGGGCAUUUUCUCCAAUAAAGCCUUGUGAAAAUGUUCAUACUCAAAAAAAUCGAAUGGUAUUUCAUGAACCGGAAAAGGAUUAUUGGAUAUAUGUUUCCAUCGAAUUAGGUCACAUAAAAAAAUUUACGAAAGAUAAAGAUGGAAAACCGAAAACUGUAAUCGAAUAUCUUGAUUCGAAUUUACAUGAUUCAGGAAUAAAAAGAAUGCUUGAGAUGGGUUAUGAAAUGUAUAGGGUAUUCAAUGAUACAUUCGAUUCGACAGUGAGAAAUUUGGGAGUGAAAGCUUUAAAAAAUAAAUUGGAAGAAUUUUUUUCAACUUGGGUUUUUGAGUGGGAUUUUGAUAAAACAGAACUGACAAAGACAAUUGAUG